AUGAGAGCAGAGGAACUCACGAAUGAGUUGACAAUUCAUUAUGAAAAACAGGAAUAGAAUGAAAAGAAUUAAAAUAUUAUUAAUGAAUGCUACAAUGUAUUUUAUUAGCAUUUAUCAUCUCAAUAUAGAGAAAUAUAAGGUAUAGCAAUCAAUAUAUUAUGUAAGGGAAUGCAAUUAGAUAAUUUUAAAGGUUAUUUCCAUUGAUGAGAUAGUAAGAGGUGCAAUCUAUUGCAUAAGAAUUAUUGAAGUCUUCAACUCAAGGUAUGAAUGAUACAAGAGAGAAUUAUCAUAUUUGCCUUUAAGAAAUUGUGGAAAAGAUUCCAAUUAAAGUUUAGAGUUUAUCUGAGGUUUAAGAAGGUAUAAUCAAAAGUAAAUGUGAUCAUAAGAAUAUUAGAAUUAAGAAAAUUAAAGGAACCUGUUAAGAAAUUGUAAGUUUCCAAUUAAAUAGUCCAUCAAAAGAUUUAGUAGAAUGUUGAAAUCUAGGCUAAACUUCUAAAAAUUAUAAGUUAGAUAAUGUCAAGAUGGCCAUAGCUAUUUCAGAAAGACUUUAGUGAUUUGUUGUUGGAUAAUAUAACAAAUUCGAAUGAAUUAUCAAUAAGAAAAAAUUCGUGCGUAUGUCUAGGUUAUUUAGGACUAUCUCUUAGCCAAUAAAGCCUUAAUGAUUUAAUCUAAAAAAGUAGACAUUGAGAAAUAUAUAGAAAUAUUACCACUAGUUAAAGAAUUAAGAUGUGAUUAAUAGAGUUUUGCAAAAAUACUAUAUUUAAAUUAAAGCUUGAAUCAUUUGACAAAAAGUUCUGGGAAAUAUUUUGAAAAAGAUUUAGUUGAAUAAAUAUUUGAGAGAUACCAUUUGAUACAUUAUUUACUAUCGAAUUAUUAUGCUCGAGCAUUUGAUUAAAAAUUGAUAGAUUAAAUUACACCAUUGAUUGACUUUAAUCCUUUAGGAGUAGCAGCAAUUGAAGAUAAUCCAUAUGAUGAUGAUUACUAUAUUGAUGAAAGUAUAGUUAUUUAAAAAUCAUUAGCCUCUGAUUCAACCUGGAGAGUCAGAAGAUGUACAUUAUACAUAUUCUAGGAGUUCUUGAAGAUUCAACCAUAACAAUAUAAGGUAAUAUUAUCAGCUCUAUUUGGUCCAAAUCAAAUUAUCAUGAAAAGGAUAAAUGAAAAAAAUUCUGAAAUCAAAUUAUCUAUUGUUUAAUUUUUGAUUAGUUUAGUAUAGGCAUCUGCAAUUACAAAUGAGGAAUUGAAUCCAGAAGAUGAACUCUAGUAAAUUGUCAUUAUUAAAGUAAAGAUCAAUUCCACCAUCUAUUUCCCUAAUUGAAUUAGUAAAAUAACUAUUGGAUAAAGUAACAUUGAUCUUUAAGAUGCUUUAAGAAUAAUAAUCCUUAAAAUCAGAAUCCACAAAAUUAUUAUUAGCUAUUGGUCAAUAUUUCCACUCUCAAAUACAGAUAUCACAUUUAUGUUUCUCAAAAAUUGUUGAAAUCACCAUUAAUCAAUUGUUGGUUCUUCUGUUAAUUAUUCUAAUGAAUAAAAAGUAUUUCUCAUGACUAAAUUAGCUUGCCUCUAUUUUAACCAUGAAAAGUAUACUUAAGAUCACAGAAUCAGCUGCAUUUUAGGUACCCAUUUUGAGCUAGAUGGCCUAAAUACUCAUUGAAGCAGUCAAUUAGAAAUAUAUUAGAAUACAAGUAGAAGGAUGUAAUACCUUAGAAAUACUAGUUGGUGUAUUCAAAUAGUAUUAUUAAGAUCAAUUUCAAGACUCAUUGUCAAAAAUUAAAUGAACUAUAAUUACCAAAAAAUUUAGAUUGAUAUUUUAGAUUAAGAGGUUAAGUAAAGUCUUUUUCACUUGCUACUGGCUUGUUUAAAUACUUUCCUUCCAUAUUUACAAAAACAGAAGUCGAGUAAUUAACUCAAACCACCUUGCUUAGAUUAUAGAUCGAGGCUCUAACAAAUAACAUUAUGUUACUAGUCUAAUACUUCAAGAAUCUCAACGAUCAUAAGACAUUAAUUUCAAAUAUAGCCAAUCAACUUUAGAAAAAUGACAAAGCUUAAACAUAUUUAGCAUUAAUUAUUUAAUUCAGAAUAACAAAAUUGAGCAAAACUAGCAGCUGAUAUUUUUUAAGCAAAUUCAAGUAAAUUACAAC